CUGCGAUUUUCCUCGUCACGGUAAUGAGCGCGGUAGCCACCCCUAUCGACUCUAAGCUCAACGACAUCGAUACCAGAGGCGUUUUCAUCACAUACACUGGAAAAUGUGAUGCUUCAACGCAACAGUGCAGGUACAAUGGCCAAAACGGUGUGGUCACUAUUGCCAAGUGCGGUAUUGCCGCCAACAAAAAGUGCACUACUCUCCCCACUACGGGUGGCACUUGCGAAUACGACAGUGCUAGCAAAGUACUCACGUGCCAUUAAGUGGAUUUCCACCUAUCCAGGGCAUCGGGCAAAACCUGGUCUUCACUGUGCUGGUAUUUAGCGAAGUACUGUGCAACUCUCAAGAUCUACCACGUUACCUUCAGAAGGACGCGAAACGAAAGAUGCUUUAUUGAUAGUCGAGGUAUCACAUCUACACAUGAUAUCAGCUAGGUUGAUCUGUUGAGAGAUUUCUUUAUCGUUGGAAACACACUCCUUAUGUAGUAAGCUUGAUCUUGAUACUAUAA